AUGGCCCAGUACAAGGGGACCAUGCGCGAGGCGGGCCGCGCCAUGCACCUGAUCAAGAAGCGAGAGAAGCAGAAGGAGCAGAUGGAGGUGCUGAAGCAGCGCAUCGCCGAGGAGACCAUCAGCAAGUCCAAGGUGGACAAGAAGUUCUCGGCGCACUACGACGCGGUGGAGGCGGAACUCAAGUCCAGCACGGUGGGGCUGGUGACCCUGAACGACAUGAAGGCCAAGCAGGAGGCGCUGGUGAAGGAGCGCGAGAAGCAGCUGGCCAAGCGGGAGCAGCUGGAGGAGCAGCGGCUGCUGCUGGAGACGCUGCGGGAGAAGGCGCGCCGGCAGGAGCAGCGGCGCAAGAUCUCCAGCCUGUCCUUCACGCUGGACGAGGGCGACGAGGAGGACGCGGGCGGGACCCCCGGGCCGGAGGCGCCCAAGCGGAGGCGGCCCCUGGGGAAGGACCCUGCGGUGGACACCAGCUUCUUGCCCGAUCGCGAGCGCGAGGCGGAGGAGAACCGGCUGCGCGAGGAGCUGCGCAGGGAGUGGGAGGCCCGGCGCGAGAGGGUCAAAGGCGAGGAGAUCGAGGUGACGUUCAGCUACUGGGACGGCUCGGGCCACCGGCGCACGGCCGUCAUGCACAAAGGGAGCACCGUGCAGCAGUUCCUUAAGAAGGCGCUGCACGGCCUGCGCCGGGACUUCCGCGAGCUGCGCUCGGCGGGCGUGGAGCAGCUCAUGUACAUCAAGGAGGACCUCAUCCUGCCGCACUACCACACCUUCUACGACUUCAUCGUGGCCAAGGCCAGGGGCAAGAGCGGCCCGCUCUUCACCUUCGACGUGCACGACGACGUGCGCCUGCUCAGCGACGCCACCAUGGAGAAGGACGAGUCGCACGCGGGCAAGGUGGUGCUGCGCAGCUGGUACGAGAAGAACAAGCACAUCUUCCCCGCCAGCCGCUGGGAGCCCUAUGACCCUGAGAAGAAGUGGGACAGGUACACGAUCCGGUGA